GUCCUCUUGCUGCCUAUGAUGUACAACUGUCAGUAGUCCUUGCCAACGGCUCUAGUUCUAACCAAACUAUAACCAACACACAAGAAACCAGACAGCAGUUGACAAGCCUCAUCCCUUAUACACACUAUACAGUUCAGAUUUACUACAGAAAUAAUGUUCAAGCAGGCCCUUCUAGCCAGCCCUUCAAUUUUACCACAUUAGAAGGAGCUCCUGGACCAGUUGAAAUCACACAACUCAUACCAACAUCUUCAACAGUCACAGUUAGUUUUCAGUCUCCAUCACAACCAAAUGGUGUUGUGACAAGCUACAGUGCCACCUAUGCUGAAAGUAGUAGUUUCAGUGUGUCUUUGUCUGUGACAGUUGUAGCAGUACAAAAUAGAAGUGGAAGUUUCAACAUUACUGUUGACAGACUAAAACCAGAGACACUUUAUUACUUUAAGGUGGCUGCAAGUACUUCGAGAGGCAUUGGGGCCUAUGGAACAGUCAAGCAAGUACAGACUUUGAAGGCUCCAUCUUCUAGUGAUGUCAUAGUUGUGUCCCUUAUAUCCCGAACAAACAGUUGUCUAACUAUAGGAUGGAACCCACCAGAUAGAUUUGCAGCCAAUAUUACAUCUUAUGUGGUAA